AUGAUCCCCACUCCAGACCUCUCUCAUCUUACCAAGCAAGACUAUGACCACGUAUAUGAGCCUGCAGAGGACACAUUCAUCUUGCUAGAUGCCCUUGAACAGGAUGCUGAGGAACUACGAGUAUCAUAUCCAAGAUUAUGCUUGGAAAUUGGGUCAGGAUCAGGCUGCGUCUCAAGUUUUAUCGGAGCCAUACUUGGCACGUCGACGAUAUUAUGCCUUGCGACCGACAUCAAUCCACACGCAUGCAGAUGCACGAGACUGACCGGUCGUCAGAACAAGACACCAAUAGACGUGGUGAACGCCUCUCUGGCAUCGCCUCUUGUGCAACGACUUCGACAUGCAGUCGACGUACUCAUUUUCAACCCUCCCUAUGUGCCCACCUACGCCGACGAAGCAGACGACGCGCAACAGGGCGCAGACAUACAAGGUGCUUGGGCUGGCGGAGAAAUCGGGAUGCAAGUGACCGAUGUUCUCCUUGAUCAGGUCGAGGAUUUACUUUCACCCAUCGGGCGGUUUUAUUUAGUCGCAGUAAAACAGAACGACGUCCCUGCAAUACGUCAGAGGAUGCUAGAUACAUACAGACUCUCGAGCGAGGUAGUCCUUGAACGCCGAGCUGGUGGUGAAUAUCUUUUCGUUGUGCGAUUCUCUCGAUAG